AUGUCAACUAAAACCGAGAUCAAAAAAGUUGAUCCAAGAAAAUCAUUCAUAGCAGGCUCUUUAGCUGGUGCCAUUGAAGCAUGUAUAACGUAUCCAUUCGAGUUUGCUAAGACUCGUUUACAGCUGAUUGAUAAGAAUUCUAAGGCUUCCAGGAAUCCGCUGACCUUAAUAUAUAAUACAGCCAGAACACAAGGUACUGGAGCCAUAUAUGUCGGCUGCCCUGCUUUCAUCGUUGGUAAUACUGCCAAAGCUGGUAUUAGAUUUUUAGGGUUUGAUGCUAUCAAAAACUUAUUAAGAGACCCUGUCACUGGUGAAGUCAGUGGUGUUAGAGGUGUCGUUGCAGGUCUAGGUGCUGGUCUUCUGGAGAGUGUGGUUGCUGUGACACCCUUUGAGGCUGUUAAGACAGCUUUGAUUGAUGAUAGACAGUCAGCUAAACCUUUAUAUCAACGUAAUGGUUAUGGUGCAGUAAGGAAUUACUCAAAAUUGGUUGCUGACCUUGGUGUAAGAGGUUUAUAUGGUGCUGUUAUUCCUGUUUCUAUGAGACAAGCAGCUAAUCAAGCAGUUAGAUUAGGUUGUUAUAACAAGAUUAAGACAUCUAUUCAAGAGAUUACUAAUUCUCCAAAGGAUAAACCAUUGUCAUCAGGUAUGACUUUCAUCGUGGGUGCAUUCAGUGGUAUUGUUACUGUUUAUAGUACAAUGCCAAUCGAUACUGUUAAGACUAGGAUGCAAAGUUUGACAGCUUCCAAAUAUUCUUCUACUGUAAAUUGUUUCACAACGAUCUUUAAAGAAGAAGGAUUAAAAGCAUUUUGGAAGGGUGCCACACCAAGGCUGGGUAGAUUAGUGUUGAGUGGUGGUAUCGUUUUCACCAUUUAUGAAAACGUACUAGUUAUGUUGGGCUAA